CAAUUCCCGGCGGAGAGCGCGGUGAAGGGGGGUGGGAUCUAAACAUGGCUGCGGUGGUAGCUGCUACGGCGCUGAAGGGCCGGGGGGCUAGAAAUGCCCGCGUCCUCCGGGGGAUUCUCUCAGGAGCCACAGCUAACAAGGCUUCCCAGAACAGGACCCGGGCACUGCAAAGCCACAGCUCCCCAGAGUGCAAGGAGGAGCCUGAGCCCCUAUCCCCUGAGCUGGAAUACAUUCCCAGAAAGAGGGGCAAGAACCCCAUGAAAGCUGUGGGACUAGCCUGGUACAGCCUGUACACCCGCACCUGGCUCGGGUACCUCUUCUAUCGACAGCAGCUGCGCAGGGCACGGAAUCGCUACCCCAAAGGCCACUCCAAAACCCAGCCCUGCCUCUUCAACGGAGUGAAGGUGCUUCCCAUCCCCGUCCUCUCGGACAACUACAGCUACCUCAUCAUCGACACCCAGGCCCGGCUGGCUGUGGCUGUGGACCCUUCAGACCCUCGGGCUGUGCAGGCUUCCAUUGAAAAGGAGGGUGUUACCUUGGUGGCCAUCCUCUGUACCCACAAGCACUGGGACCACAGCGGAGGAAACCGGGACCUCAGCCGGCGGCACCGGGACUGUCGGGUAUAUGGGAGCCCUCAGGACGGCAUCCCCUACCUCACCCAUCCCCUGUGUCAUCAAGAUGUGGUCAGCGUGGGACAGCUUCAGAUCCGGGCUCUGGCCACCCCUGGCCACACACAAGGCCAUCUGGUCUACCUACUGGAUGGGGAGCCCUACAAGGGUCCUUCCUGCCUCUUCUCAGGAGACCUGCUCUUCCUCUCUGGCUGUGGACGGACCUUUGAGGGCACCGCAGAGACCAUGCUGAGCUCGCUGGACACUGUGCUGGGGCUGGGGGAUGACACCCUGCUGUGGCCUGGUCAUGAGUACGCAGAGGAGAACCUGGGCUUCGCAGGUGUGGUGGAGCCCGAGAACCUGGCCCGGGAGAGGAAGCUGCAGUGGGUGCAGAGGCAGCGGAUGGAACGCAAAAGCACGUGCCCGUCCACCCUGGGAGAGGAGCGCUCCUACAACCCAUUCCUGAGGACCCACUGCCUGGCACUGCAGGAGGCUCUGGGGCCAGGCCCAGGCUCCGUGGGGGACGAUGACUGCUCCCGGGCCCAGCUCCUGGAGGAGCUCCGCCGGCUGAAGGACAUGCACAAGAACAAGUGACGCCCCAGCCCAGCCCAGCCCACCCCCACAGUGGGGAGGCCACCCAUCACCGCACCUCGCCACCCCCUCAACACUAACACCACCACCUCCAUCGGCGCCCACGGUGGGCAUCAUUUCCCCACGCUUGUCAGGGGGAGGAGAGGGAGACUGGGAGGAAGGGGGCUGGUUCAAGGCUUGGGGACCCCCACAGAGGGAGGCUGAGUCACCAAGGAUGAGAGGAAAGGAGAGGCCUUGGGACAUCUCAGACCUGCUAACUGGGAAGAUCCCCUCCUCCCUUCCCCUACUCCCGGGACAGCAGCGAGGACAUGGAUACUGCUGUUAGCUCCCCCCUCGGGAGGCCUCACCUCUCUGUUGUCUGGAACCCAGGGCAGCAGGAGCCAAGACCAACUUGAGUCCAUCUUCCCCCUUCCUCAUCCGGGGUCGGGGAAGAAACUCAGCCCCCUAAAGUGGCCCAAGUGUGGUGCCUGGGAAGAGGGGUCACUCAGAGGGGUGGCUAGACUCUGGUUUACUGAGAUUCUGUCCCUCCCCCAGCCUCUCUGCUCCCAGCCCAUCCCUGCAAAGGCAUUUUUCAGACAGACCUAUUCCUGAGAACACCGAAAGGGCUGGAAUUGUGGCUGUUUGGCCAGUCUCUGCCUAACUGGCUCCCCUAUAGCCUGGAAGAGGGAGGGCCCUGGUGGCCGAGGAAACCUUGACCUCAGGCUGAGGAGGCACCAGAGGCUGGGACGUGGAGCCCAACAGUCUUGCAGGUCACAUGCUCUCACCACACAUCUGGCCGGGUCCUGCCAUCUGGCCUCUGCCCCUGACUUGGGCCAAAAGGGCCCCUCCUUCCCAGGGAGGAAAGAGCACAGUCCCCAGGGCCACUACAGGUUUCUCAUUUUGGCCCUUAUUCUUGGGAACUUCUGCCUGCCUUCCUCUGCUAACUUAAUCUCUCUUGCUUUAUCCUCAAUCCCCUUUCCUCUUUUAGUUAAUAAAGAUUUAUUUGUU